AUUUGAGACUUGUUGAACCCUGGGUGCGUAAUUCUACAUGCAAUUUGCUCGAGAAUGCAUUUCUCCAGUUAUUUGAUUUUAUCUGUACGACGCUUAAUCCGUUUCGUUUCUUGCUCAGUUACAGUAGCAGGCUGUCGCUACUGCACCCGGUUGGACAUGGGUUGCUUGUCCCUUUGUGCCAAGAGCCGGUGUCUUUGACUUCCAUAGUACGCGUAUUUUGGUUGGUUCAGUCAUCCAAGCAAAUGAUGGCAGAUGCAACUUUUGUCCUGGUGCAACGGGAUCCCUGACUUAUUACCAACCUACAUGACCUAUUUCAGAAGCCUUUUUUCUUGUUCUUCGGUUUUCUCUUUCAUACACUCACAGUAUUGCAAAUCUGAUGCCCAAGAACCCAUCCAUCCCUCUUGCACCUUGUUUUUCUUCUUUUUUCCCUUGGUAAACUGACUUGGACAUUGAUGCGGAACAUCAUCGGAUUUCACCACUUGGCGCACGAACCCUUGCACAAUACUGCAGAGAAACGGAUUUGGAAGGUAGAACAGCGUGCCUAGCGGCGGAGAAUUCGUGACUACCUCACCUUAGGUACCGUACCUUGCCUUAGCGAUUCAAAUUCAGCGUAACACGAACGACAGACAACCUAGAGCCAGCGAGAAGAAACCUCGUGCGGGAAGCAGAUAAACUGGGAAGGUACUCGGCUUCGCCAAAAAAUCUCUGUUCGCCAUCUUCACAGAGAGUCUCCCACUCGGACAGUUGACAGUGCAGACGGCACCCUUUGAGAUUGCUCUCACCCUGUUUGGUACCCAACAGCAUCCAAACGACCUGAGUGAGUAGUUUUCAGCCGCAACCUCGAGCUGGACCAACAUACCACCAAGAUACGACGUACACCCGGUUGUGGCAACUCCCUUGACGAACCUAGGUACCCACCUGCUUGCGGCGGCUUGCGCAUUCAAGCUGCCUCAGUCUCCAUUUUGAGCUCAGCUACCGAUAAUUUGCGAGGGGAGGAUUUUGAGGACAUCAUCAACAUCGUGCAGUUUGGCAGCAAGUUCAUCAUGUCGAGCUUCGUCCCCUCAUCGUUUCGGCCAUCGCCAGGCUCGGGCACACUGCGUCAUGGAAGAUUCGAUCGCUACCAUAUGGACGACAAGGGCAAAUCAGCCAGAUCCUCGCCGCAUCGGAACGACCAUUACCAAGACCACGAAGAUGAUGACGAGCAGUUUGUCAUGUCGGUUGCGGGUACACCAAUCAAAGAGGAAACUCCCAAGCUAAACGCCCAUCGACAAAGUAAUUUGGCUAGCUCGUGGGCAAGCUUCGAAUCUAAGGAUUCUCGAGAUUCGAAAACAACCUCUGAUGACCUGCAGUUAACCGCUUCAGAGAUGACAACCGGAAAAUUAGACGCCGAUAUGGAACGCAGUCGACCGAUUGCUAUCGAGAUGCCGGCGAAGCGGAUGGUCGGAAACCAGCAGGCACCAACCCCGACGGCGCCGUUGUCAGCACGGGGAGAUUUGCCAGGGGGCUAUUUUCCUGAACACGAAGAUCGGAAGCGUGUUCAUCGUACCCAUCCUUUUCAUGCAGACAUCAAGGAAGCCCGGAAGAAAUCGAUUGCCAGGGCCGGUGUGGACUGCAGCCCAGAGCCUGGAGAUAGCUCACAAAGGCAAGGCGGUUCAUCCAACACUUUAUCCUCAUCGGUAACUGCCGGAUUGGCUGCUCAAUCUGGCGGGUCUGGAAGCUCCGGCCUCAUCAGUGCCAUGGCAGCAAAGAGCCACUCUUCCUCUUUUGAUAAGUCUAGCUCACCAUCGAUUUCCGCGUACAACCCUACUGGCGCCGAGGACAACCUGCUGCCGAUGGGUAAAUACUAUCCGACAAACUGGGAGGCCCGCAAGAAAGCGAAACGGGCGAAGCAGGCAUCAGCAAAGGAGCAACCGCAUCACGGGGGAGCAUCCCCCGAUGGUUACUUUCCCAAGCAUCCUAGCCCUUCGAUGUCACCUAGUGUUGCCUCUUCCUCAUCAUCGGUCAUGUCAAAACCCGAGAACCCCGCUGUAACGCGGGCGAAAGCACCUCAACUCAAAGGUCACAGCCGGUCUGAUUCCGAAGCUAGGCGUCGUCUGCAGCAAUACCAGCGCGAUAUGAUUACACAGACUAGCCUGGGCGCUCACAGGGUCCUCGGCACCCAGAUCCAACAACUUGGUGCGGAUGAAGUUUUCCAGGCGCUUAAUCAGCUCCCGGCUCUUCAUAACUUGCACCUACCUCCCAGGUCUCGUGGGGAUAUCUCGUCGGGAACAUCACAGUUGCCCGCCAGCGCACUUGCCGGGAGUUAUCUUACGGCUGUUCAGUAUAACAUCCUGUCCAAGCCGGCCUCUCCUCGCCUGCAACCCCUUGGAAGCCCCGGUGGUCCAGUGACGCCCAUGGAUCUUAGUUCAGCAUCCGAUGACAAGAGCUUGGGGGCGUCAGGACGACCAAGGAUGCCCGCUACCAUCAACACAGCACCAGCCCGCGAUCGACGACAUAUAAGUCAAGGAUCAUUUCCUUUUGGACAAGUGGAUUCGUGAAUCCAAUCAUUUUGAUAUUGCAUACGGUUGGAGAAGUCACAUGAAGAACUGCAUACAUAUUGGUCAUAGAGGAGUUUUUUUUUCUUUUUCUUUUCCCUGCUCGUCUUUCUAUUUGGUCUUUAAAAAUGGACACAGCCCCUUGUAUCUUGAUACCCCACUUGAAUUUACCACAGUACUCUUUGCAGAGUUCAUUUGCACAAUGCCUUGACUUUCUUAUUCUAGCUUUCGAUCUUAAAUACCCUCACUCCACUGAUUUGUCUGAGUAUUUGGAUCAACACACAAUAUCAAGCUUGCUUGGCCCACC